CAGCGCACUGCAGCGCAUCCGUCGUUGUCUUACUCUUAAAAGUGUUUCCUCUCACUCCGACAACAAGCCGCGCUUCCUCCAAACACCUGGACGUGCACCGUGGAUAGUUAGCCUCUCCCCGCUCCCAGUUCCCUUUACGCUCAGUCUUAACUCGCGUUUGCGCCGACAGACGUGAUGCGCUGGAUGUAUUUUCUCCGGAGAUUGUGAAGCAGGGAGCAGGUCAGCACUCCGAAGCCAUGUGGACAGCGGACACGGGAGGCAAAGGCAGACUUUAGACAGAGAGCGGUGCUGCGCUUUCCUGGAAAAAUAACGCCUUCUAGGAAACCGACAGAGACGAGAUGGUAGAGAAUGGCCGCACCUGACCUCCUUGACCCAAAGGCUGCCGUCCACAACUCCAAGCCUCGCCUGUCGUUCUCCGCAAAACCAGUGGUGCUGAACACUCCCGAGGAUGAGUGCGACACCCGGACCACAGUCAUGAGGUGGAAAACUGUGUCGGCCAUUUUCUUCCUGGUGGUCCUGUACCUCAUCAUCGGGGCGACGGUGUUCCAAGCUCUGGAGCGGCCUUACGAAAGCCAGCUGAAAUCGGCCAUUCUGGAGGAGAAACUCAAGUUCUUGGCCAUGCACAGCUGCAUCAAUUCAACGGAGCUGGAGGAUCUUGUGAAG